AUGUCUACAGCACAAGAAGACGUGCCCACUAGCUAUCCAGGCAAAAUCCACAUCGCCGUGAUCGGCGGCACGGGGCUCGAACACCUCCCUCACUUCCACAAGGCGGCGGUCCUGAACGUCGACACGCCCUGGGGCGCGCCGUCGUCCCCCAUCACGGUCCUCGAGCACCCGUCGCCCACGACAGGUAAACCGAUCCCCGUGGCGUUCCUCGCUCGCCACGGCGUUCACCACGAGCUCAAUCCGUCCGAGAUCCCCGUGCGCGCCAACAUCGCCGCACUGCGCAAACUCGGCGUCAGGUGCAUCAUCGCCUUCAGCGCGGCAGGCAGUCUCGCCGAGGAAGUCAAGCCGCGCGACUUCGUGGUGCCGGACCAAGUCAUCGACCGUACCAAGGGGAUCAGACCGCACACCUUUUUCGAGGAUGGGUUCGUGGUCCACGUGCCGUUUGCGGAUCCGUUCGACAACCGCGUCGGCGACGUCGUGAGGAAGUGCGGACAUAGUCUCGAGGGCGAAGGGGUGGUGUUGCAUGAUAAGGGUGUAGUUAUUGUCAUGGAGGGACCUCAGUUCAGCACCCGCGCCGAAUCCAACAUGUACCGAAGCUGGGGCGGUACCGUAAUCAACAUGUCUACAUUGCCCGAGGCAAAACUCGCCGCUGAAGCAGAGAUUGCAUAUCAGGUUAUCCUGAUGAGUACAGACUACGAUUGCUGGCAUGACUCUGGCGACGUGUCGGUGGAGAUGGUCAUGGGCCACAUGCGCGCCAACGCCCUGAACGCGCGACACUUCAUUGCCGCGGUGCUCGAUGAGCUUUCGAAGGAAGAACACGAAGAUCUGGUGAAGGCGACUCAUCUCCAGGGCGCACGGGAGUUCGGUAUCAGCACGGCACCCGCCGGUCGGAGUAAACAAGCCACCGAGAAGAUGAAGUGGUUGUUUGAGGGAUAUUUUGAGUGA